GCCUGAGGAGACGCGUGGGGCCUCGGCAGGAGUUAUGGGGCGCAGCGGAAAAACGCAGCGGCAGAAACGGGGCCGCGCGGCCGCCCUCCUCCGAGCCCAGGAGGCCUUCGGUUCGGCCCCCCACUCGUUCGUGUUCCCACGCGGGACCGUGGGCAAGACAGUCCGCCAGCUCAGCCUGGAUGUGCGGCGAGUUAUGGAGCCCUACACGGCGAGCGCCCUUCAGGUGCGGAAGAAGAACUCGCUGAAAGACUGCGUGGCCGUGGCCGGUCCUCUAGGGGUGACCCAUUUCCUCAUCUUCACCAAGACCGAGAACAACAUACACCUGAAACUGGUGCGGCUCCCCGGGGGCCCAACGCUCACCUUCCGAGUCACUGAGUAUGCGCUGAUCAAGGACGUGAUCUCCGCACUGCGGCGGCACCGGAUGCACGAGCAGCAGUUCACCCAUCAUCCGCUUCUCGUGCUCAACAACCUGGGCCUCGAGGGGAUGCAGGUGAAGCUCAUGGCCAGUAUGUUCCAGAACAUGUUCCCAUCUAUCAACGUCCACAAGGUCAGCCUCAACACCAUCAAGCGUUGCCUGCUCAUCAGCUACGACCCUGAAACACAGCUCCUGGACUUCCGGCAUUACAGCCUGAAGGUUGUGCCGGUGGGAGCCAGCCGAGGUUUGAAGAAGUUGCUGCAGGAGAAAUUCCCCAACAUGCGGCGCCUGCAGGACAUCAGCGAGCUGCUCGUCAAGGGUGCCAACCUGUCAGACAGCGAGGCUGAGCAGGACGGGGACCAUAAUGUGACAGAAUUGCCACAGGUGUACUCUGGGCGUGGGAACAUGAAGGCCCAACAGAGUGCCGUGCGGCUCACUGAGAUUGGCCCCAGGAUGACCCUUCAGUUGACCAAAAUCCAGGAGGGCGUUUGCCAGGGGAACGUGCUAUACCACAGCUUCAUCCACAAAACGGAGGAGGAGAUCCAGGCUACCCUGGCCCUCAAGGAGCAGAAACUGCAGCUGAAGGCAGAGAGACGGAGCCAUCAGGAGAGCAACAUCCGGCGCAAGGAGGAGCAGCGGGAGGCUCACAAGAAGAGAAGCCUUGCCGGCAUGAAGCGGAAGAGGCAGCCGGAGGAGGGUGACAGUGAUGCGGAGGACCCCGGCCCCCCCACCGCUGGGCAGCAGGAGGCAGCCCAGCCAGAAGACAGUGAGGAGGAUGAGGCGGAGUAUUUUCGUCAGGCCGUCGGGGAGGAGCCAGAUGAGGAUCUGUUCCCAGGGGCGAAAUACCGGCCAUCUGGCCAGAGGAAGAGGCAGAGCCGAGGUCAGCGGGCCACUGGGUCACAGAAGAAGGUUAGACGGGCUGAUCCCCCGGGCGGUCCCAAGUCCAAGCGGCCUCAUCCCCAGAGCCGCUGCCACAGGGACCCACAGUCCUCUAGAUCCCGUAACCUGGCACAGGGCACGACCGGUCCCCGGCUCUGGAAGAGGGGGUCUGGCCCCCACGGACGGACGAGGAAGAAGACCCCAGCCAGACAUUGACACCUGCCCGGCCCCCUCCCCCACCCUCCCGCAAGAGGACACAGACACAGAUGGACUGAGAGGAGGCGGCUGCAGCCACACCUCAAGUCUUUCCUGCUCCUGCCCCUUUCAUAAAGGGGCAGGGGCUAUUGUAACAAACGAUGGACAGACUGGACUUUGCCUAACUUGAAGUAGGGAGGAGGGGACCAGAGUGGAUGAGUUGUUAAUUGUGCUGUUUAAAUGCUUACUAUGUGCGAAGCACUGUACUAAGCUCUGGGGUAGGUAGGAGAUCAUCAGGUCCUACGUCGGGCUCACGAUCUAAGUAGGAGGGAAUCCCCGUUUUGCAUAUGAGGCCCAGCAAACUUAAGUGGUGUGCCCGAGGUCACACAGCAGGUAAGCGGCAGAGCCGAGAUUCAGAACCUAGGUCCCAACUCCCGGACCCGUGCUCUAUCCACUAGGCUGUGCUAAAUUAGGGUGCGGCCAGUACACACCUACCCACCUGCUGUAUUCCUACCUCCUGCCCUACAGGAAUAUCCCUUCAUUUUCAACUCUCUCCUUCCCAAACUCUGACUUCCAGAUGUUACUGUGUCCUCUGCCCCUCUCUCCCAAGGUAGCCUCACCGCCUCCCACUUUCCCCCUUCCACUUCACAAGGAAAGAGUCGGUUUACCACUCAUCUCUAUUUCUGGAAAUGUUUGCUUUACUCUCAUCCCCAUCUCCACUGUUCCUUGGGGACUUCCAGCAUCCACGGUGAGGAUCUGAUCCCUGCCUGGCUUGUUCCCCCUGCCAGCAGGCAGUGUUCUCUCCCUUAACUUUAACCACUUUGACAAGAGCCCGACCUCCCACCGCUUGUUCGUUUCCUCACCCUGGGAUGCCAACCUUUCAUGGUGAAUUUGGGGGUAGAGAGGUAAGGGAAGAAGAGAUGGAAGUAAAUGAUACUGGUUCAUGUUGCUCUUUUUCCACCAAUGCCUUUCUGGGCUCCAGACCCGGGCAUGAGUGAUUCUGCUCAUCCCUUACCUUUUCCCUAAGACUCAAGCUCGUGUCUCUUCGGCUACAUAUGUCUUUUCUCCAUCCUGUAUCUCCUGUCUGUCUGCCCAGAUUCCCCACUGGACACCAGGUUUCAUGAUAGUAAUGAUAAUGAUGUGGUCUUUGUUAAGCACUUGGGUG